CUCUCCUCAAACCCAAAAGAUGAACCUGCAAACUCCUCGCAAAAGCUCACUUUCAGGAUCUAGGAAAGAUUUGUGGUUUGCUAUACGGGAAGGGUCAUUGGUUGAUGUGGAUUCAGCACUGAGCAUACUGAAGAAGAAUGGUGGCAAUAUAAAUUUAAGGAAUGUCCAUGGUCUGACUCCUCUGCAUAUUGCUGUAUGGAGAAAUCACAUUCCUAUUAUUAGGAGACUGCUUGCAGCUGGCGCCGAUCCAGAUGCUAGGGAUGGAGAAUCUGGUUGGAGUAGUCUUCACCGAGCUUUGCAUUUUGGCCAUCUCGCGGUAGCUAGCGUACUAAUUGACUCAGGUGCUUCUUUUACUCUAGAAGACAUAAAACUGCGAACACCGGUUGAUUUGGUCUCAGGUCCAGUGGCUCAGGUUAUUGGCGAGCAACAGAGUUCGGUCGCUACAGAGGUUUUCAGCUGGGGAAAUGGUGCAAACUACCAACUUGGAACUGGCAAUCAACAUGUUCAGAAGAUACCCGGCAGAGUUGAUUCACUGCAUGGUUGUUUUAUUAAGUUGGUCUCUGCUGCAAAGUUCCAUAGUGUUGCCAUUAGUUCUCAUGGAGAAGUCUACACGUGGGGAUUUGGAAGGGGUGGCCGCCUUGGACAUCCUGAAUUUGACAUUCACAGUGGUCAAGCUGCAGUUAUUACUCCCCGCCAGGUGAUAUCUGGUUUAGGAUCUCGCCGUGUAAAGGCAGUUGCGGCAGCUAAGCACCACACUGUUAUUGCUACGGAAGGCGGGGAUGUAUACACAUGGGGUUCCAAUAGAGAGGGUCAGCUUGGUUAUACCUCUGUGGAUACUCAGGCAACUCCCCGAAAAGUGACUUCAUUGAAGGCGAAGAUUGUAGCUGUUUCUGCAGCAAACAAACAUACCGCCGUAGUUUCCGAGUGCGGUGAAGUUUUCACUUGGGGAUGCAACAAGGAAGGUCAGCUUGGUUAUGGAACCUCCAACUCAGCAUCAAACUAUUCUCCCAGAUUGGUUGAUUACUUGAAAGGAAAAGUUUUCACGGCUAUUGCAUCUUCAAAAUAUCACACUCUAGUGUUGCGAAACGAUGGAGAGGUGUACACCUGGGGUCAUCGGCUGGUGACUCCAAGACGUGUUAUCAUUUCCCGGAAUUUAAAGAAAGCUGGGAACACACUAUUGAAUUUUCAUCGAAGGAGACCUCUUCGAUUGACUGCAUUAGCUGCGGGAAUGGUACACAGUUUGGCUCUAGCAGAAGAUGGUGCAUUGUUUUAUUGGGUUUCCUCUGACUCCAAUCUUAGAUGCCAACAGUUGCAUUCGCUUCACGGUAAAACAGUAGUGAGCAUUUCAGCGGGUAAAUACUGGGCAUCUGCUGUUACUAGUACAGGUGAAGUUUACAUGUGGGAUGGGAAGGAUGGUAAAGAUAUGCCACCGUCUCUUUCUCGCCUCCACAACUUGAAAAGGGCAACCACAGUUGCUGUUGGCGAAACACAUCUUCUGGUUGUGGGUUCUCUGUAUCAUCCUGCCUAUGCUCCUACUGUGCUUAAGAAGUCUCAGACUGUGCAAGCGGAUGAAAGUAGGGAAGAAGAAAAUGAAGAACUGGAUGAGGGUUUUAUGUUUGAUGAUGUGGAAUCUGUGAAUGUAUUACAAUCCGUGCAACACGAUAAUCCAAAGGAGAGGACAGUACCCAGCUUAAAAAGUUUAUGCGAGAAGGUGGCAGCGGAGUGUAUUGUAGAGCCACGAAAUGCUAUUCAACUGCUUGAAAUUGCGGAUUCGCUUGGAGCAGAGGACCUCAAGAAGUAUUGUGAGGACAUUGUGAUCCGAAACCUUGACUUUAUUUUGACGGUUUCUCCCCAAUCAAUUGCAAAUACAUCACCUGAUGUUCUUGCCAAUCUUGAGAAAUUACUGGAUGACAGAUCAUCUGAAGCAUGGAGCUCCCGACCACUUCCAACACCAACAGCCACAUUUCCAGUUGUGAUAGAUAGUGAAGAGGAGGAAAGUGAGAGCGACAUUCUAAGAACUCGUGACAACCAUGUGAAACACUUUUCCAGUACUGCUGACGGUACUCGAAUGGAUUCAUUCUUGCAACCAGAAGAUGAGCUCACUUUACGCAAUUCCAAAGAAGUCCGAGCUUUGAGGAAAAAGUUGCAACAAAUUGAGAUCCUUGAAGCAAAACAAUCCAGAGGACAACAUCUUGAUGGUCAGCAAAUAGCAAAACUUCAAAAGAAACUAGAUAUCGAAAGUUCACUGGUAGAACUUGGUAUUCCCGUUGAAGAGUCUCCAGAGGCAAAAUCAUCAACAGCUUUACCACUAGAUGGAAAAGCCAACAAGAAGGGAAAAAAGAAGAAAAAGGGGAAACAGAGAUUUUUACAGGUUGAGACAUACCCUGAUUUUGGUGAAGUUAAAGUGGAAAUAGAUACAAUGCAGGAUAAAGAAAUUGAGGAAAUUUCUGAAGCUAUCAAGCCAAAGGAUGGCAAAACCAUGCUGGAUAUGACGAUGAUUAGUGGGUUCCCGAAAGAAUCAGACUUUGUCUCACUCUCGCAGAAGAAAGAUAAUCCACCCAAUUCGCCGAGAAGCAAGAAACUUGCAACGGCAGCUAACAAGAAGAAGAACAGAAAGGGUGGGCUUUCCAUGUUCUUGACUGGUGCCCUUGAUGAUAUUCCUAAACCUGUUGUUGCUCCUCCACCAAAACCUAAGAUUGAAGGUCCUGUGUGGGGUGGAGCUAAGGUUUCUAAAGGAUUAUCUUCCCUUCGGGAUAUUCAAGAUGAACAAAGCAAGACCCAGCCUCAUGAACCUGUUAGGACUACUAAAAAUCGGUCAGGCGAUGAUUCUUCUGGUAAAACUGAAGGCAAGAUAUUACUGAGUUCCUUCUUGACAUCGAAGCCGAUUCCAAUGGAACCAGCCAAAAGUUUGCAGCAGUCUGAUGUGGAAAAAGGAACUCCUCCUUGGGCUUCCUCUGAAACUCCUCGUAACCUGUCCCGGCCUUCUCUUAGAGAUAUCCAGAUGCAGGAGGUGAAGAAGCAACAGUCUCUGUCCCACAGUCCAAAGACAAAAACAUCAGGCUUCACAGUCGCAACCGGGCAAGGAUCUCCAUCAGAUUCGCCUGGAACAAAUCGCUGGUUCAAACCAGAGAUAGAUGCUCCAUCAGCAAUACGAUCAAUCCAGAUAGAAGAAAAAGCCAUGAAGGAUCUGCGGCGCUUCUACAGCAGCGUGAAGGUAGUCAGAAACCAGCCUUGAUGAUGUGAGUGAAUGAGACAUUACUUUUCAAGAGCUCUCAUUCUCAAAACUCGAAAAGUGUUGUAGUUGUAAUUGUACAGAUAAUGUCUCCACUGUACAUUGGGUCUCCUCUUACCUGGUCAGCCAUUUUUUUUUCUUUCAAUUUGUUAGUCUUUGGUAGUAGCUGUCAAAGGAAUACCCAUGCUUAUGUACAUCACUGGUGUACACGAAGCUCUUUAGUAGUCUUCACAAGCCAUUUUAGAUGUACAUAUUUCGUAAUAAUAAGAAAACGCUUAG